AUGAUUGAUGACUUUGAUGGCUUGGUGACAUUAAUAAAUUAUAGAAAAAAGAUUUCAUCUCAUUCAAAUACUGUGAAAAUCAGGAAAAAGAGAUUGAUGAAAUCGGUAGACUCCAAUCCAUGGAACGGCAAGAAGUCAUCAACGUUGUUAAUUACCGUAUAUCAUGGUGAUUGA